AUGAGGGGCUGGGCAGUCGUCUUUGGAGGACCAACACUCGCUCCGUACACGCCUACGACUAAUCGCUCUGCAAAAGUACUAAGAAAUAGCAGUAGGUACAGGGCUUCAUUGCCUCUGCCUUUUUCUGGGUGUCAAGUGAAACGACAUGGCCUCUUUACUUGGCAGUGUAAAAAAACUCUCAACUGUGCAUUAUCAUCUUCCGAACCCAGUUGGGUUGAUGUUGAUGAGUCAAGAGAUUUCGGGGAUGAUGAGUUUAUAGUGGUGAAUUUCUACCGUUUUGUGUUCAUCAAAAACCCAGAAGAGGAGGUGUCCAAACACCUCGCCUUUUUGCAGGAUCGUGACAUACACGGAAGAAUAUAUCUGAAUGAGCAGGGGAUAAAUGCGCAGUACAGUGGGCCAUCAAAAGAUGCUUUUGCAUAUGUUAAAUGGUUGAAAGAAGACCAUAGGUUUUCUGGGAUAUUGUUUCAAGUUUCUGUUGCUUCGAAGGGGCAUGCAUUUCCAAGAUUGAAGCUACGAUAUAAGCCCUCACUGGUACAG